AGCACAUGGCAGGGAACAAGGACCUGUUUGGACGGCACAAAUGAAGAGCUAGCUAUAUAUACAUGGCAGAAAGAUCGACGAAGCUCAAGCUCAACAACAACACGGCCGCUGCGGCCUCCUCGGCCUCCGGCAGCGGCAGCGGCCAGUCACCGAGGGGGCGGUGCGUGGCGCCGUUUCUGGUGAAGACGUAUGAUUUGGUGGAAGAAGGCGGAGAAGCAGAAGAGAGGAAGAGAUCGGUGGUGACGUGGAACGAGGAAGGAGAUGGUUUUGUUGUGUGGCGUCCAGCAGAAUUCUCAGAGAUGAUCUUGCCCAGAUACUUCAAGCACAAUAACUUCUCUAGUUUCAUCCGCCAAUUGAACACCUACGGAUUUAAGAAAGUAUCAUCAAAGAGAUGGGAAUUCAAGCAGGAGAAAUUUCAGAGGGGUUGCAAGAAGUUGCUGGCGGAGAUCACGAGGAAGAAGUGCGAGCCGAGUGUGUUCCCUUCGUACUUGAAGUCUUCUUCAGAGGAAAGCAAUAAUAAUCAAGAAUUGCGAAAUGAGGAAUUGAUGGUGCAGGAGAACCAAGACCUGAAGAAGCAGAACCAGCAUCUGCAAUCACAGAUUGCUCACUUCAAACAAUUACAAACCAGGCUUUUGCAAUGCCUCUCUCACUAUAUGCCCCAAUCUAGUUAAUUCAUCUAACAUUCUAAAAUACUCUCCCUUUCUUCUCAUCUCUGACUUGCCUUCUUUUUUUUUCCCCCCUUUAACAUCUACUUUUUUGUUUUAUUUUAUCACGGGAUCAGUACCUUAAAAAACCUUAAAGUAUUAUAUUAUCACCACCUGUUCAAACUAAUUUGAAUUCCUAUUGUAUGGGAUUAUUAUUACUGACUCUAUUUUUGUAAAUACCUCGAGAAUGUCUUUGACAUUUUCAUUUAAUGCAAUUGCAUAUUGUAAGA